AAGCCGACAAACCGAAACUGUCAGGAUCUGACAGGAAAGACUUCUCGUGGGUCGUCUUUACACCGUUUGUGAGACUUUGUGUGUGCGCGGGGCGACCAACAUGCAGAGCAGCGCGUACGGGGCCUCGCUGGCCGGCGGCGCUUUUGAUUUACUCAAUUUUGUAAAACAGCCUCAAACUAUUUUGCGCUGCCUGAGCUGGGUAUUUGCCAUUGUGGUCUUUGCAACCAUCACAGCAGAAGGCUACACCAACACAUCAACCAGUGAAACAAGCAACUGCAUGUUCAACCAUGACAACAGCGCCUGCAGCUACGGGGUCGGUAUUGGAGUGUUGGCCUUCUUGGCUUGCUGUGUCUUCCUCAUCCUGGAUGGCUACUUCCCGCAGAUCAGCAAUGCCAAAGAGAGACGAUUAAUUGUCGUAGGAGAUUUGGUCUUCUCAGGGGCUUGGACGUUCCUGUGGUUCGUCUGCUUCUGCGUCCUGGCCAGCCAGUGGGCCAAAACCCCCGACGUGACUGCUGUCCCUGGUGACGCUGCCCGAGCCGUUGUGGCCUUCUCCUUCUUCUCGACCGUCACUUGGGGUCUAUUAUUCUACUUUGCGUUUACAAGGUAUCGCGAAGGCGUCGGCAACUUGGACCUGGAGUACAGAGACCCAGCCAACGACCAAAGCACUCCAUACCCGGCCGCGCCGUACAGCAGCGGCCCCACAGGCUACCAGCAGUCGCCUUUCCCUCAAAGCCAGGAGCAGCCAGGAGAGUACCAGCCUCCACCGGCGUAUUGAAGUCCAACAGGGGAGUUUGCUUUUUAAAUAAACGUGUGCCGACGAUUUCAUUUACAACUCUCUUCUCUGCACUCCGAUUUACUUCCUGCAAAACGUGUUUGGAUACGUGUGUGAUGGCGGUUUGCUGUGUUGUUCAAAGUGCCACACAGAGCAGGUGAACUCUGGAAAUAUAUAUAUAUAUAUUGUGGUUUAGAAGGAGAUUGUCAUGGCAAUAGAUCAGAUGAGAUGUUUUCUUUGGACCAAACCAACUACAUUCAUGUGUAUGCCUCUUUCGUUUAGCUUAUGGGUGCAAGCUGUUAAUAUCAAACCACUAAUCAAAAGAUUCACUGAGUUGCCAAGUGCUAUGCUUUGUAUUUUGAAGAUUAUCAACAUUUUGGAAUUUGUUACUGUUAAGUACAUGCGAGUAUUUUUUUGUAUUCCUGUCAGAUUCAUAUACGGCAGCUCAACCACAAUCAUGUUGUGAUACAGUUCAGUAAAUACUUUAUUUUGACCAUUCCAUGUUAUUUAAUGAUUGGGUGUGUUGAAAAUGAGCCCUCUAUAACUACUGUAAUGCCAUGUUCCUGCUCCUUUCCUAAUAAUCAACCACUGAAAAGCCAAGUUAAUUUAUUUAGGCAGCUAAUUGCCAAUAUCUGAUCUAAGAUUAUUAAUUAUAUUUCUUUUUUUACAUCAAUUCUGCCACAGUUAUUAUUAGUUUUGGUAUUUAAGUGUGUUUUUCAUUUUAUUUUAAGGUAGCCAAACCAUUCAUUUGAAUCUUCUACCUCUAGGAGUUAAAAGUGCCUUCCUUGAGUUAACUUGCAGUUCUUUUUAAAUAACUAAUUCAUCAAAUGUUUCAGCCACAAUAUGGCUUCAGGAAUUCAGUGAUGUGUUAAAUAUUUAUAUUUAUUUUCUUUCUUAAUCCUCCAGGUACAUGACAAUCAAACUAAUUUCUUUCUCUACAUGACUUCAUGCUCUUGCUUUUCUUCCACUGUACCUUUUGCACGUGAUGCAGUUUCACUGCUCGAUGGCUUUACAAUAAUUCCCCAUUGCCUUUCAUACAGUAUUCUGUAUCACACGGGGGUUUGCCAAAUAAAAACUGUUCUUGUU